AAUAAAUUUAUCAGAAUUUUAAAAUAAUUUAUAAAAUGUUAUAAAUAAUUUAUAAAAAUAUAAACCUACUACAUAUUGAUUGGGAAGUCAUAUAAGUGAUUUUUUUUACUACGUGUCAAUCAUAAAUGAACUCUUCAAAUUGUUAUAAUUUGAUUGGCCGAUGAUUUGAGAUUUUUAUUUAUUAUAAUUAUAUAUAAAUAGAAAGGAUAAUUCAAUUACCACUUUCCAAAUAAUCUAUAUAAUUUUAGAAAUAAUUAUUUAUGGUAACUAAUUGUUGAAACUAUGAAAGAGUAAUAAUGUAAUCAAAUUUUUUAUAUAUUUAUAAAUUACAUAAAAUAAGAAACAAAAAUGUUUAUUUUAAUUGAUAUAAUGAUUUUAUAUACGAAUAGAAAGCCUUAUAUUUGCAUAUAAAGUAUCAUAAUAACUAUUAAUGUCUAUUAAAUUCCAUGCAUCCUUUGUAAAUCAUUUAUUAAAUUAUAAAUAAUUUUAUAAAAUUAUUUAUAUUGGCUUAUCAUAUGUUUUAAAUUAUAAUAAGAGGUUCUAUAUGUUCUUUGGGAAGGUGAACUAUAUUAUCAUUUUUUUUUUCUUCAGCUCUUUUCCUAUUGCACAUGUUGCAAAGUAACUUAUGAAUAGUUUAAAUGUAAGUUACCUUAUUUAUUUUAAACAUUUCUUACACAAGUUAUUAUCACAUUUAUUGAUAUUUAAAUGCCAAUUUACCUUAAUGUUUCUAAAUUCUUAAUUCGUUUGUAGUGACUUACCUUAUUACAAUAUAAAAUCGCUCUUGAAAUUUUCUUCUUAAACACACAAAUUAUUUUGGGACGUUGCAAUUAUACAUAUACACAAUAACUGCCUCUUGAUACUGAAGUUACUUUGUUCCCUCUCGUCCAUGUCAAAUAUUGAGUACUAGCUUUUCUCCAUGACUGAUGCUUUCUCGCAAAGACGGUGGUAUUAAGAUGUAAAAUCCGUUACUUCUAAAACUAUACACUAUUUAUUCUAUAUUUUGAAUUUUGUUAUGCCCGCACAGGGUGCGGGCCGGUCACCUAGUUUCAAUUAAAAUAUGUAUAACACUCUAGUAAUAAACCAACAUUUCUUAUAUAUUCUAGUAAUUUUCUCUUCUUACAAUGGUAUGCCAAUUUAUCGACAACAGAUUUCACCUAAGAAUUGUUGUCUAUGUCUCUCAUUUUGAGUCUUUGUGCAGAAUAAAAUCUACAUAUGACUUGUGGGUACAUUCGUUUCUGGUUUGUUUUGGCUAUCUACUUUGACAAUAUCAUCCCCAAUACCUCUGGUGUAAGAAAAACGAUCUUCUACUUUCUAAAGCCUAGUUACUGGACGGGCAAAGAGGGUAAUAAAGUGGAAGGUAUUUCUUUGUCUCUUGCUUUUAUUAAUAAGAAUGUGUGUGUUUGGAAAGUGUAAAACCAAAAGAUGUUCCUAUGUAACACUUUUUUCAGAAGGGAGCAUUUGUAGCUGCUUUGGCUCGGUUCCACCUGUAGAGCAUUUAACACCAGAUGACCAAGAUGUGCUUGAAGAGGAGGCACUAGUUAAGAAACAAGCAAUGGAUGGAACAGUUGUUCCUAACAUUGCUGUUCAGAUUCAUGGUCUUGCAAAGAUGUAUCCUGGAACGACAAAGCUUGGUUGUUGCAAAUGCACCAAAACAUCCCCUUUUCAUGCUGUAAAGGUAAUCAAUCAUUCCUGUUGUGUGUGUUCUAAGGCGUCAAGACUAUUCAACAAAUCCUAAUGCUCAUUAGUUGUCUAUAAUGUAUUAUUACAUUUCUUUUUGGCUCAUGAAAGAUGUUUAGGGUUUGUAGAUGAAUAUAACCAAAGACCAGUUGUUUUGUCUUCUUGGACCCAAUGGUGCAUGGAAGAAAACAACUAUCAGCUGUUUGACUGGUAUAAAUCCAGUUACUGGUGGGGAUGGUAAGGAUCUGUUUUACAAGAAGCUACUUUCUAAACUUUUUUUAAACCAUUCUAACACUAAUAAUUAGUAAGUUUCAUUUGAUUCGACUUAAAACAGCUCUUAUCUAUGGAAAUUCCAUAAGAAGCUCUGUUGGUAUGUCCAACAUUCGUAAAAUGAUAGGUGUGUGUCCUCAGGUAAGGUCAAGUUCUCCCUGCAUUGUCUUCUCUUUUCCUUACACAGGGAUCUUUAUAUUCUACUUAAAUGAUUUGUUUUAUCAUCACUCUUAUUAUUUUACAGUUUGAUAUCCUUUGGGAUGCUUUGUCAAGUGAAGAACACCUCCACCUCUUUGCUAGCAUCAAAGGGUUGCCACCUGCAUCUAUCAAACCGGUAAUUUAUUCAUGUAUUUUACAAAUGGUAUCUGAUUUAACUUUCCCUCUCUUUUUUUAUAUGUAAUUUGCUAACAGAUUUUUCUUUCUGGUUAAACAGAUUGCAGAGAAGUUACUUUCAGAUGUAAAGCUGACAGGAACAGCUAAAAUUAGAGCAGGAAGCUACUGUGGUGGAAUGAAACGCAGACUCAGUGUUGGAAUUGCACUCAUUGGUGAUCCUAAGCUUGUAUUUCUAGAUGAACCCGUAUGUCCCAACUUGAUACUUUCCUCUGGUGUUUAAAGAUAAACACACACACUAACACAUAUUUUUUGGAUUGUGGACUACUGGUAUGGACCCUAUCACAAGGAGACAUGUGUGGGACAUUAUACAGGAAUCAAAGAAAGGCCGAGCCAUCAUACUAACAAUGCAUUCUAUGGAAGAAGCUGAUAUUUUAGGUGAUAGAAUAAUAGGGAUCAUGGCUAAAGGCAGGCUCCGCUGCAUUGGAACCUCCAUCAGGUUAAAAUCUCGCUUCGGCACAGGUUUCAUUACUACAGUUAGCUUCCUUGAAAACAAAAACAACGGUGCUGGAACCUCACCAGAACCACUUAAAAGAUUCUUCAAGAAGCAUCUGAAAGUUGAGCCAAUAGAAGAGAAAAAAGCUUUCAUAACUUUUGUUAUCUCCCACGACAAAGAGAAACUUUUGGCGGUCACUAUCUUUAAAAGCUCUCGCAAUCUCUUAGAUUUUCGUCUAUGAGGUUCAUUAUCGUUUCUCCAUGGAUAGGGCUUUUUCGAAGAGCUACAAUACAGAGAAUCUGAGUUUGGAAUCUCGGACAUACAGCUUGGGCUUGCAACUUUAGAAGAAGUGUUUCUGAACAUCACAAGAUGGGCUGAACUAGAAAGUGCAAUACUCAUCAAUUAUGUCCUUUUAUGCUUGACUGAUGAGUUGGGUAGAUGAAAAACGUGUCUGAUUGAUCUGAAUAAAGAUUAUAAAAAGUUAGGGUUCAUAUUGGGGGUUUUCGAAAAUUGACAUGGGAGUGAUUGUUUGAUGUUAGAAUUGAGUCUAUUAAGUUAUAUAAGAUGAGUUUGAAUGUCCCUUGUUGCUUUUGGACUUAUUAACUCUCUACAAGCUUUAAUUUGUUUCUUAUUGAUCAUAUCACUUAUACAAGUUUGAGCUUGUUGAUAGCAGGACAUGGGGAGAGAUCGCGGACCAGGAACUGAUCUCAUUGUGGAUGUGGGUACUUCGUCUCGAGCUGGGACAAGAACGAACCCACCACGAGCAGGCCGACCAACGCCAAACCCACCAGCUCAGGUUUACCGGUGCAACGUUCCACAGCAAAAAGAGAAGUCACCAGCUGAAAGAGCAACAUUGGAGGCAGAGAUUGAAGAGAUGAUAGAAGAGGGUCUUAGAGCUGAGACUGAAGAUGAAGAGGAAGAAACCUCUGCUCCCAAGCCAGCUAAGAAGCGGAAGAGAGUGCCCCCAACCAACAAACCGACUUCAGCGCAACUUUAUGAGCACCUUUAUGAGGAUGUCAAAUGGAGCCCGAUGAGAUUUCCGGACGUUGAAGCUCUUCGUACGCUUGGGAUCAAUGAGGAUGUGAGAAUGAUUCUCCAGAACAUGGGCAUGGAGUCACUACUUGGUAUGAGCUACAGAGUUCAUAAGGAGGCUUCUUGUGAGUUCAUGUCUACAUUCGCCGUUCGAUACUAUUGUGACGCACAUAGGACCGAGGGGUUUGGGCCCAUCACCUUUACGAUCAAUGAGAAGACCCAUAAGGUGGGCUUCAAGAAGCUAGGCUCCAUUUUCGGUUUCUCGGACAAGCGUGGGUCAUUUCUGCCUUCUAGGUCAGCGAUUGUGGACGACAUAUGGGCAGUGAUUACUGGGUGGUCGCGUACAGCAGGAGAGGACAAGAGCAAUGACAUCUCUAACCCUGGAGUGAGAUAUGCCCACAAGGUCCUUACUCACACAUUUUACUCACGGAGGGAACCAGGCGGAGCAAACGAUGAUGAGCUCAAACUUCUAGCUCUUGGACUUCUUUCGAUUCUUGAGGAAGGAACGCUACUCCAUACCGAUCUGGAAGAUUUUGAGGAUUUGGGACUUGUGGGAUUGUUGAUGAAGCGGUUUGAGUACUAUCAAGAUUGGGCUUGGACAACUCCAAAUGAAAAACCGACGCUGUUUAUUGGGAGUCUCAUUACCCCAAUCUUGGAGGCAUUGGGGAUAGAUUUGGGACCUCGGGAUCAUGCUCCAGCCUCCAUUGAUCUUGAUUACUUGAAGAAAACCCACUUCCUUACCGGCCAAUCAGGAGAUCGGUAUGGUUACCCUUUCUGGUCCACUGACCUCGAGCCUGAACAGCUACAGAUAUUCCUCCCUUGCGAGAGGUUGACGACGUUAUCUGAUCCUCAGCAUGUAAUCUUCACUCCGGCUGCUCAUGAGCUCAUUCCCGCGGAUUUUGGUGUACUUGAGAACAUCACCAAAGCACGCAAGAAGAAGACCAAGGCCAGUUCUUCUCGGGCAGCUCGUCCUAGUGAUGCUGAUGAUGAAGGACCAAUCACACCAGCCCCGGUGUAUGGGACAGAGAGAUACCACUUUAGGCCUUAUGGUGGAGUUACACCGAACGUUUCAUUGCGCCAAGCUCUCUCUCAAAACGCUAAGUUGCUUCAGUGGAACAAGAUGCAAAAUUCCACCAUCUACAAGCUGAAGAACUCAGUGAAAGCGCUUAAGAGACAGAUGAAAAGGUCACUGCCCUUCUCUCUCAAGUGUCUAUCAGUUCUGGUUGUCAACGGGAUGACGUGUUGGCUGGCGCUGGUCCAUCUACUCUCCCAUACCCUGUCUUCUAUGGACCUCCUUAGUUCCCCGGAGUACCGACUCCAUCGUAGACGCAGGAACACAGCCCCUCCACCCCGAGCCUCCUCCAACGAGUCUCCUUCAGUCGCUACCGCAGACGACGACGACGACACGGAGGGAGCCUCCUCCUUUGCUUAGCCAGGUAUCACCCUCACCUUACCAUUGUAUAUACCAGUUUUUUUUUCUUUGCAUUUAUUUCUCUUUUCGGUAUCUCCUCCAACUUUCUAACACAGAGACUGUGUGAACAAAGUUUGGGGGAGGUAUCAAGUAUUUGAUCAUGUUUUCUUUGAUGAUUUGAGUCUCAUGCAUUGCAUUGUACAUAUAUAUAUAUGCAUAGAAAAAACCAAAAAAAUUAAAAAAAAUUGAAAAACACAAAAAGAAACAUGUAGUUGCAUCAAUUGCACUUUUAAGAUUGAGUCUAGAGCAUAUAGGUUGCAUUCACUUGCAUUGGGAACAAUGAUUUAAAAUGCCUUGCAAAGAACCCUUGUCUAGAAUUCAAAAUGACACCCUAGUUAAACAUAUCAAGUAGCUUAAGCAUCUCUUGAA